AUGGUCAACUUGAAGAAUCUAAUCUUGGCUCAAGAACAUGUGGGAAAACUUACAACAGUCUCAACCAAUUCUUCCCAAUCUUCAAAUCAACCAUUGCACCCCACUAAAGGAGAUGAUGUUACUGUGGUCCAAAAGCAAGUUCCAUCGCAAUACAUUGACAUCUCAAGCUCAACAUUAACUCCCGAACAAAUUCAACAAAGAGACAAUUCUCUUUCAUUCAAGAUCAAGAAGUUUUUCUGGGACGGUACUGGGAAGCAUCCCAAGGAGCAAAAGUACCUUUUCAAAUUGGACUUUUUCUUGUUGACUUCAUCAUGUUUGGGCUACUUCAUCAAAAACUUGAACCAGUCAAACGUCACAACUGCUUAUGUUAACGGAAUGGAGGAGUACUACAGUAUGAAUAAUAACCAAUACAACUAUAUGGUUACAUUAUUCACCGUGGGAUACAUCAUUGGCCAAAUUCCAUCCAACAUGAUCUUGCACAGAAUAUCAGCCAGGUUUUACCUUGGUGGUUUGGAAAUACUCUGGCUGAUUUUGACGUUGUUGAUGAUUACUGUUCCACCAACAAAUAUCAAGGGAAUGUAUGCGUUGCGGUUCUUCAUAGGGUUGUUAGAGUCUGGGUAUUUCCCUGCUUUGGAGUACUUGUUGGGGUCCAAUUACGGUACCCCCGAGUUGCUGAAACGGUCGUCAUACUUUGCAGUUAGUUCGGGUCUAGCAGGGAUUAUCAGUCCCCUUUUGCAACAAGCAAUCAUCAAGCUGUUCAAGCACUCAAGCUUGCCACCUUUCAAGUGGAUGUUUGUGUUUGACGCGGUCAUCAGUUUCCCCAUUGGUAUAUACACCAUGAUUGUUGAUCCAAAUACACCUCUGACCACCGAUGCCUUUUACUUCACUGAUGAGGACAAGUUGGUGGGGUUGGAAAGAAGAAGAUUGCUAGGAGCUGAACUAAACACCAGACAGCCCUUUUCAUGGCAAAAGAUCAAAUCAUUCUUUAAUACGUGGCACAUCUACGUGUUUCCCCUAUUAUUCUUGUGCUACAAUAAUAGUUGUGCUGCCAACUCGCAGCCUACUUUCCAAUCCUUCAUGAAGAAUUACUUGCAUAAGCCGUCGAGCGUGUACAAUACAUGGCCGUCGGUUCUCAGUGCUAUUGCUAUUGGUAUAACAAUAUUAUUUGCGUAUGCAAACGACAUCCUAGGAGGCAGAAAGAAUGUGUGGUUUGUCAAUGCUUAUUUCGUGUGUGUGAUUAUAGGAUGCUCAUUACUUGCCGCUUGGACAAUCCCAUUGGGGCUUCACUGGUUCUCAUAUUUCUUGAUUGGUGUUCCUACAAUGUGGGGCCAGCCAUUCAUCUUCUCUUGGGUUAACCGGUUGCUAUACGCAGAUGACUUGAAGAGAAAUUUCGUUGUUGUUGUUACAAACACGUUGGCAUACGUUACUGGCGCAUGGGUGCCCAUUCUUGUUUGGAAUACCAAUGAUAAACCUGAGUAUUUUGUUGGGUUUACUUACACAGCGGUGUUGGCUUCGGUGGGACUAAUUUUAACACAGGUGGUUUUCUAUUUAAGUUCCCGAGAUGAAAGAAGGGCCAAAACCGAAAAGGACUUAGAAGAGAGUACUACAAUUGAGUUGGACUCGGAUUGA